UUGCCUUCGGCUGACUUUGGCUGUUGAACGCCGGUUCAAGUGCAAUUUUGUUUACGGGAAUUUCCACGGAGUUUUCCAAAAGGAAGUCAAAAUGUUUCGUAUUAAGAUUACUCAGUUUAUCAAUCCUCAUCUGUUCUAUUAUCAACACGAGGAAGAUGAGCUCCUGCCAAAGCCAUAUGAGGGUUAUCUCAGAAGAGAACUGCCCAACAGGGAAUACUUCUUGAAGUCCAAUAAAGGUUACGAGCCCAAAGUGCAUGAGGUUGUUGCUCACUACAACAUCAUAGAGGACAAGUGGAUAAGGGCUCAAGUGGACUACAUUACUCACACAAUUGACAGGAAGAAGAUAUUCUUCCUCUUUGCUCUGGAUUAUGGGUACUCCAUGGAGAGUAUUGGGAAGUGGCUGUGGCCCCUGCCAGAGUCUAUGCAGGAAAAAUCCAAGAUUAUCUUCUUGGGAGGCAUCACUGAUAUUGUUCCCUGCGAAUGGAAAUUGAAUCCAGUUACGGCCAGGCAGGAGUACAUGAUGACGAAGCAUUGGAACAACGGAGCAAUCCUCAGGCUCUCGCGGAUGAUUGAUUCAUCCCAUGCCAUAAAUUUCAGUCCUGAUCUCCGGAUGCAAAAUGGGCAACUUUUUGGGAGGCUCACAUUCAAGAGUCUCUCCCUGGAACUUGAAGAUGCAGGCAAGGUGCUGACGAAAGAACAACUUGCUCUACAUUCGGAGAAUUUCUUUGAAGACUUGGUUAAGAUUCACACGAGGAAUUUUCAGAGAUGGCAGAACAAUGACAGGAAUUCUGUGAGUUUUGCUCUGACCACUGUGUCGCCCUUUCUCAAGAAUAUGGCCAUUGCGUCGAUGUACAAGGAAGAGGGGAAAGAGGACAGUAUCUUGAUGAUUCUUCAGGAUACUGCACACAUUAGCAGGAAGGACAGGAAGCUCCUGCGUCAGGAAUUUGAGAAUAUUCAGCGAGAGACGGAAGAGAAGGUGAAUUACUGGCGUCAGAAGAAUGAUGAGUACUUCAAUGAGAAUCCCAUGCCAAUGGUUUCGGAUACGCAGCAGAAGGUUGACGAGUUGCUGGAGAUGCAGUCAGAGUUUUACAUAGAGCCAAAGGUUAAGCCACCGGAAAUUAGAGUUAGCGAGUAUCCUUCCUGGAGUCAGGAUGAGGAGGAGGAGUUCAAAGUUGAGAAGCCCAAACCGAAGAAAAUUGACAUUAAAGCACUCGAGAGGGAAAUUCCUGCAUCCGUUGUCCAGCCAACGCGUAGAGCACUCACCAGGCCAAAACCUGCUGGAUUCAUCUUCAAUCCUCAAGACUAAAGUUGAUUUUUUCAAUUUUUUCUCAAUCCAAGUUGUCAUUGCCAAAUAAAGAUCUGAAGUUUUUUUUUAAAUAAAAAGAAAUGAUAAA